AUCGGAAUCUUACUGGAUAUGGAACAUCACGAGGGUUGGCCGAGAGGCGAGGUCCAGUCGGAAAAAUGUUGGUGUGGUAGCUAAUUCGAGCAUUUGCACUACAGCGGACAGUUCUAACAAAAGUAAAUAUUGUUUAUAUUGCAUGCUCCAUACGUUGAAGAUAUACACCAAAAUACGCCGACGACCAAGCCAACUGAGUCAGUUGUUUUAGAGACCGCUGUUUUAGCAGCUGAGCUUCCAACUCUAGAACCUGGGUGACGUCACACAAACCUGAGCCAGGGAGAUUAAAGAUGUCGGAGAAGGUGCAGAACACCUUCAGGUUGCAGCUGUCCUCCGUCAUGGACUCCCUGCUCACUGCAGCUGUAUGUGAGAUCUCCAAGAUCUUUGAGGGCAGUCUGAGUGAGCAGCAGGCAGAGCUGACGCAGAGUGUAGAGGAGAUCUCAGCAUUGAACGGGAAGCUGAGGCUGGCAGAGAUGAGGUUGAAGGAGGGUGGAAAAAUAAAGGAUUUGGAUGGUACGGCUGCCAACACCUCUGGGCAAACAGUCACCAACGUGACGACAAUUGCUGAGAUAGAAGAAGAAGUACCCGAUUGGUGUGAGCCCCUUCAGUCAGAAGAUUCUUUAAUUCCACCCUCGAAGAUCAAAAAGGAAAAUGAAUGGCCAUGGGUGGACCUGCGACCACUGAGUGUGUCUCUAUGGCGCAUCCCUAACAUCAAACAAGAGCAGGCUGAAGAUUUUGAUAACCACUUGCUGACAGCCCUAGCCAGGAGUCCUCCACGAAAAGGGUCGGCUGCGGAGCGGUUGUUAAACAGACGGUUAAAAGACAUACCUGAACUGAGCGCGGCCGGGUCAGGGUAUGGUUGUGGUUCAGUGGGGCGGGGGCUGAGGAAGACCCAUGGUAGUCUGUUGUGCACAUUCAAACAAGAAAAUCCGGAACCCCAGAGCAGUGUCUUAUUAGACAAGAAUGUCUUGAGGCACAGCACAAGACAAGGAAAAGAUUGUGACUUACAAAGCAAACACAGAGAGGGGACACAUGGGAAAACGAGUGACAUAGUGAAAAAGAAGGUAGGAAGGAGAAGAAAGCAUUUAAAAAUGGAACCUAAUGCAGAGGAAGAAGCAACAACCAGUGGAACUGACAAGAGUUUCUGCUGCAAAUACUGUGGGAAGGGCUUUCACAGAGAGUUUGGCCUUUCUGUGCACAUGAGGUCUCAUAACAAGGGGACAUACAAAUGUCCUAAGUGUCCCAAAAAGUUUCCGUAUCCAAGUGCACUCCGUGUGCACACAUUGAACAGCCACGGCAAAACAGAAAAGAACAAACCUUGCUCUAACGUUAAAGAAAAGUCGAACUCUAUCAACCACAAAGUGAAAUCCCUCUCCCCCAGCAGAACAAAGCCUACUUCCCCCAACAACAAACCUCUUUCUUCCAGCAAGGCCAAACCUCUACCACCCAAAGACAAACCUACCUCCCCCAACAACAAAGAUGGCUCCCCUAAAGGCAGCACACAUCCACAACUUUAUUCUUGUCACGUUUGCCAUAAGGAGUACACUUCUGCAAGUUCCCUGCAGGUCCACGAACGCAUUCACACAGGUGAGAGACCGUACCCUUGUAACCAGUGUGGGCAGAGGUUCCGUGUAAAGCAGUUCCUGAUAUUACAUUUGCGUAAAGCCCAUGCGGAUGUGUACGGGGGUGAGGAGAGCAGCAGAUACCUCUCCUGGACUGCACCAGUGGAGGAUCCCAUUGCUAACGGUGCUGAGCAGCAGCCUGCCAUUAAGUCAAAGAGCAAAGACGAUCGACGUGCAAAGGCAAACAGCAAACGGAAGCAAAUGACAGAAACAGACGGCCUGUUUCAAUGCACAGUGUGUAAAAAGCUGCUAAGUUCACAGAUGAGCCUCGUUCAACACUUCCGCAUCCACACAGGUGAGAAACCGCUCAGCUGCGAAGAGUGCGGCAAGAAAUUCCGCUGUCACCCCAUCUUGAUCAGCCACAGGAGGUCCGCCCACCCGGGGAAGAAGUACCAAUGCCUCAGGUGUGUCCAGCAAUUUGAGACCAUGGCCGAACGUAAGAGACAUCUGCUACAAGUCCACCAAUUCAAGAAACCCAACCCGCGGUCCUGCUGUCCUCGCUGUAACAGGACUUUCCACAACAGUAACUCCCUGAGGAUCCACUAUGAAACUGUCCAUGCCUGAGUCUGUCCACAGAUGGCUCGGCUUAGUCAAGUUGGAGUGUUCAGCAGGACCGGGAUCAAUUACAUUCAGGAAGUCAGAUUGUUACGUCCAUUUGAAGUUACAUUUGUGAUUUGAAAAGUGCUGUUUAUUUUCAAUUAGUCUUUUUGUAAUCAUUGACUGGCUGAGUGAAAAGGGAAUUGACCCCAACCCUGGUGGCCAGUGAAUUUACAUGAUGCUGAGAGAGGACGCUAAAAGAGCAAAAACUUGUGAUUUGGUGGUCAAUGUUUGUGAUAUGGUGCUUAAUAUGGGUAUCACUGAUUAAACUUUGAUAUGGGGUUGCAGGAUCACAUUUUUUUUAAAGUCAGUGCCAGACCGGUUUAUGGCAUUUUUGAUUUCAACGUCUUGGAGCCAUGUUUUUAGUUUUAUGUUUUUAGUUUCAUGUAAACACGUCUCUAUCAUUUCUAUGUUAUUAUGACAAAUGUAACAUGUUCGUUGUACUGUACAUUCUCUAUGUUGUAAAGAAAAGCCCAGGGAAUAUACACUGCUCAAAAAAAUAAAGGGAACACUUAAACAACACAAUGUAACUCCAAGUCAAUCACACUUCUGUGAAAUCAAACUGUCCACUUAGGAAGCAACACUGAUUGACAAUAAAUUUCACAAGCUGUUGUGCAAAUGGAAUAGACAAAAGGUGGAAAUUAUAGGAAAUUAGCAAGACACCCCAAUAAAGGAGUGGUUCUGCAGGUGGUGACCACAUACCACUUCUCAGUUCCUAUGCUUCCUGGCUGAUGUUUUGGUCACUUUUGAAUGCUGGCGGUGCUUUCACUCUAGUGGUAGCAUGAGACAGAGUCUACAACCCACACAAGUGGCUCAGGUAGUGCAGCUCAUCCAGGAUGGCACAUCAAUGCGAGCUGUGGCAAGAAGGUUUGCUGUGUCUGUCAGCGUAGUGUCCAGAGCAUGGAGGCGCUACCAGGAGACAGGCCAGUACAUCAGGAGACGUGGAGGAGGACGUAGGAGGGCAACAACCCAGCAGCAGGACCACUACCUCCGCCUUUGUGCAAGGAGGAGCACUGCCAGAGCCCUGCAAAAUGACCUCCAGCAGGCCACAAAUGUGCAUGUGUCUGCUCAAACGGUCAGAAAUAGACUCCAUGAGGGUGGUAUGAGGGCCCGACGUCCACAGGUGGGGGUUGUGCUUACAGCCCAACACCGUGCAGGACGUUUGGCAUUUGCCAGAGAACACCAAGAUUGGCAAAUUCGACACUGGCGCUCUGUGCUCUUCACAGAUGAAAGCAGGUUCACACUGAGCACAUGUGACAGACGUGACAGAGUCUGGAGACGCCGUGGAGAACGUUCUGCUGCCUGCAACGUCCUCCAGCAUGACCGGUUUGGCGGUGGGUCAGUCAUGGUGUGGGGUGGCAUUUCUUUGUGGGGCCGCACAGCCCUCCAUGUGCUCGCCAGAGGUAGCCUGACUGCCAUUAGGUACCGAGAUGAGAUCCUCAGACCCCUUGUGAGACCAUAUGCUGACACAUGCACAUUUGUGGCCUGCUGGAGGUCAUUUUGCAGGGCGCUGGCAGUGCACCUCCUUGCACAAAGGCGGAGGUAGCGGUCCUGCUGCUGGGUUGUUGCCCUCCUACGGCCUCCUCCACGUCUCCUGAUGUACUGGCCUGUCUCCUGGUAGCGCCUCCAUGCUUGGACACUACGCUGACAGACACAGCAAACCUUUUUGCCACAGCUCGCAUUGAUCUGCCAUUGAUGUGCCAUUAACUGCACUACCUGAGCCACUUGUGUGGGUUGUAGACUCCGUCUCAUGCUACCACUAGAGUGAGAGCACCGCCAGCAUUCAAAAGUGACCAAAACAUCAGCCAGGAAGCAUAGGAACUGAGAAGUGGUCUGUGGUCACCACCUGCAGAAUCACUCCUUUUUUGGGGGUGUCUUGCUAAUUGCCUAUAAUUUCCACCUUUUGUCUAUUCCAUUUGCACAACAGCAUGUGAAAUGUAUUGUCAAUCAGUGUUGCUUCCUAAGUGGACAGUUUGAUUUCACAGAAGUGUGAUUGACUUGGAGUUACAUUGUGUUGUUUAAGUGUUCCCUUUAUUUUUUUGAGCAGUGUACUUUUGCUCCAUCAGUUUUUUUUUGUUUUUUUUUACAUGAAUAAAAUGUAUUUACUGGA